AUGGAUUUUGGAUCGAAAUAUAUUUAUAAAUAUGAACAUUCAUCGGAUGAAUCAGUUUCGGAUGAUGAUGAAAUAGAAGCAGCUAAUGCUAUACCUACGGGAUUUGCCCAAUUACGUUCCCGACGCGAAGAUGAACGAAGAGAAACAUCAAUUGUUCCUAGCGGUGCUUCAUCUCAUAAUCAGAAACAACGGAAACGUUUACGAAAAGCUGAUACUAAUGUACUUAGUAUUAAAUUCAAUCGAUUACUUCAACCAGAUGAUAUGCAUGCUGGUGACCCAGUUUAUUGUACAGAAUGUGGUGCAAUUACUUCUCAUUUAAGUAAAAUUCAAAAUGCAGAUGGAGAAGAUUCGAAAUGGCAAUGUGAAUUUUGUUCUAAAUUAAAUACAGUUGAUAUUGAACAAACUGAUUUACCUAAAAAAGAAGAUGCAACAUAUUUAGUUUCACCAGCACCUGUCGUUCAUGGUUCAGAUAUGACUGGUGUUGAUGAUUCAAUUGUGAUAUUUUUAAUUGAUACCAGUGGUUCGAUGUCAUCAACAACAUUAGUAAAAGGUACAUUUCAAUUACCCAAUGCAUUACAACAACAAGAACGUGCUGCUGCUAAUUUUGAUGGUGAACGAUUAGUUCGAAAUAAACGUGAAACAUAUGUUACACGUUUACAAGGUGUACAAAUGGCUGUUGAUGCUAAUUUAGAUAAACUUGUUAAAGAUACACCAACACGACGUGCUGCUCUAUUAACAUUUAAUCAUGAACUUACUUAUUAUGGUGAUGGUACACGAACUGAACCAUUAGUUAUACGUGGAGAUAAAUUAAAUAGUGCCGAUGAUUUAUUACGUGAAUCUGAACGUGAACAAAAUAAUGAAUUAAAACCUGUUUCACAAACAAAAGCAAAUUUAACUGAACGUAUUUAUGAUCUUGAAGAAGGUGGACAAACAGCACUUGGUCCAGCUGUUAUGUUUGCUCUUCAUAUUGCAUCAAAACGACAAGGAUCAAAAAUUGUGAUUUGUACUGAUGGUUUAGCUAAUCGAGGUUUGGGUAAUUUAGAAAUGGCUCAAGAUGAUAAAGUUGAUGAAGCUGUUAAAAUGCAAGCACUUGCUGAUGGAAAUCAUUUUUAUGCUGAAUUAACUGAACGUGCCAGAGAAAAAGGUGUCAGUAUUUCUGUUAUUACUAUUAAAGGUACUACUUGUUUACUUCCUGUUAUUGGCCAAAUGGCAGAUGGUACAAGUGGCAAUGUAACUAUAGUUGAUUUAUUAAAUAUUCGUGAUGAAUUUGCUUCUAUACUUGAACAACAAGUCAUAGCUAGUAAUGUUGAAGCAACAUUAAUUGUUCAUCGAGGUUUAUAUAUACGUAAUCCUGAUAAUCCAGAUGAUAAACUUGAAAAAAUAAAACGUGAAAUUGGUAAUGUAACUAAACAAACAGAAGUAUCAUUUGAAUUUGGUAUUCGAAAUAAACAAGAAUUAAAAGAUAAAUGGAAUAUUGACUUAGAUCAAUUACAACAAUUACCAUUUCAAGUACAAGUUAUUUAUACAGCUACUGAUGGUAGUAAAGCAUUACGUGUGUUAACUCAAUUGAAAGAAGCAACAGAAAAUCGAGAAAUAGCUGAAGUAAAUGCUUUCCGUGGUGUUAUUGCAGAAAAUCAUAUUCGAAGUACAGCUACUGAAAUGAUGGUUGAUUAUAGUGAUGAUGAGCAAGAGGAAGAAGGUGCAUCACAUGUACGUUCGAAAUGGUCAAAACCUAUCGUACAAAAACAACGUAUGGCCUAUAUGAGUAAUCUUAAUCAAAAAAAACAAGCGAAUAGACAUUAUGAAGCUGAUGAUUUUAAUGAAAGUCGUUGGAAUAAAGCAAGUAAUGAAUUACAAUCACAUGUUAUUACAUCAAAAUCUCGUAAACCGAUUUCAUCUUCGGUAGCAUCAAAUCAAAGUUCGUCUAUAAUGAGUCGAGUAUCACGUUUAUUUUCUAAUCAAUCAACAGCAGAAAGUGGAGCUAGUGCUUCUGCUGCCUUACCACCACCACCACCAGCAUCAAAAGCCAAACGAAACUAUGGUUUUGCAACAUCAAAAUUGGCACAGUACGAUGAUAAAAAUUCCGAAGAUCUUUAUCGAUUUAAAAAUUUAUCAUCAAGUUAUAUGCGUGAAUCUAGUCCACCACGUGAUGAAGAUAAACCUACUGGUGCAUCAAAUACUGGUGCAUUUUAUGUUGAAGAACCAGAUAGUGAUGAAGAAAGAAAAUCUUCUAAAAAUCAACCACGAACAAAAAAAAUGAACAAUUUAUAUACAAAUUUUUCACUAUAUAAAUUCUGUGUUUUUAAUUUUUAA